UACUCUAAGGCAGCUAACGCUGAACUCGCGAAAGAUUACGACCGCGCUUUUCGUCAAUACGCCGAAGCCGCCAAACAGUUUUUACUACUUAGUCGCCAAGCCCCGGAGGGACGACUUCGCACUCACUACCGUAACCAAGCGGGGAAGGCGUUGGAACGUGCGGAGAGGAUCAAGGCAGUGAAACGAGACGUCAAGCCGGUUGCGACAGAUGAAUUCUCUGAGGGCGAACAGCUCUACGCUCUCCAAAAGUCAUCUCUUGUGAAUCAGGGGUUCUUUCCACUAUGGGAGUCGUCGGAAACGCCGUCCUCGUCAUCGGAACAACCACCUCUUUCCGCUGAGCAGCGCCAGCACGGUGCACUCUGGACCCGGCCAUCUGCUGGACGAUAUUAUGUCUACUCAGACGGGGACCCUGUAUUGUGCCCACAGGAUAUAGUACAGCAUGUCGUCUCAGACUGCUCUGUCUGUGGCGCGAUUGCCGUUUGUAUAGAUCACCACCGACGCUUCGGUUCGAAGAUGAUCGUAAGUUCCAUUUUCCCUCAGGACGACACUGGCACCCCUCGCUGGUCCGACUCCGGUCAAUACCAGUUUCGAAUGCUCUACAAUGGCAGUUAUCGGCGUGUAAGCAUCGACGAUCAACUACCCACUAGUCCUGUUGGUACGCUGAUGUGCAUGUCGACUGGUGCUAAGAGACAGUUAUGGCCCUCCCUGGCGGAGAAAGCUUACAUGAAGCUUGCAGGCGGCUACGAUUUCAUUGGAUCGUACCAUAUCUUGAUCCGUUCUAGCGCAUUGGCAGGGUGGAUACCGGAACACAUAGAUAUCCGCAGCUCGGGGUUCCAGCCGGAGAAGACAUGGUCUCGGCUAGCUGAGGGGUACCAUGCCGGUGACUGCGUCCUCACACUUGGGACAGGGGAGCGGGUACCAGAGGCAGGUACACCUGUAAGCCUGCUGCCUGCGCACUGUUAUGCGGUGAUAGGUGUGCGCAACGAUGAACACCGGAGGUUGACUAUCUUCGAUCCCUGGGUACAAACACACCCCGGCGAUGGGUACCAAGAGGGUCCAACGAGUGAUGGUCGUGAAUGCGCAGGUGUCUUCGAUAUCUCUUGGGACGAGGCGUGCAACCUCUUCGACGGUGUCUACCUCAGCUGGAACCCGUCGUUGUUCAAGCGUCGACUUACAUUCCAUGGGUACUUGUGGUUUCUCCGCUCAACACUAUUUUGGACAGCACCCCAUUUCCGUGGGCAGCUGAGGUUGGAUUCCGGUGGUAACGGGGACCACACAAUUUGGCUACAGCUCACCCGCCAUGUCCGUAGCCACCGCAGCAGCGCGGAGUACAUCUCUUUGAGCGCGCAGUGCGGCUCCGACGAGGGCUCUUCUUUUGGCAGAGAUGUGCCCUCGACCAAGGUGCGCGGAGAGUAUACGAAUGCGCCUCACGUUCUUCUUCGAACGACGCCGUCGCCGGAGGACGUGCUGACCAUUAUCGCAUCCUACGAUGGCGACUACGAGGACGUCUGCUUCACAAUCACCGCGUACUCAAACACCAAGGUCUCGUGGGUUCCAGCUCCUGCGAAGCCGCCAUAUUCCAAAGAUGCACGCACUUUUUGCGCUUUCACGCAGAAGUCGGCGGGCGGCAACCAUACAUACCCCUCAUAUUACCUCAAUCCGCAGUAUCAUCUUCGUAUACACCCGCGUAUCGGACCCCCACGCGGCGCUCGCGACAGCAAAGUCGAUCUCACCUUAUCUCUGCGUGGAGACCGCCAGAUACCGAUGAAUGUCACCUUGGCCUGGUCAAAGGGGGAGCGGAUCAAUGAACUUGGGAAUAACGACCUCGCGCUUUCCUCGGGGCCGUAUAGCUAUGGGUACGCAUUAGCGUCAAGUCGUCAUAAUGUUUCUCCGGGAGACUAUACACUUGUGGUCUCGGCCUUCGACCCGCGACAUAUAGGGAAGUUCUUCCUGCGGGUAGAGAGUUCCGACAAGUUCGAGAUCACGCCCAUCUUACAAGAAGGAGCCGGGAUGUUUAGCAAGGUCGUAAGGGGCGAAUGGUCCGGUAACUCAGCUGCUGGAGGGCCGAGCUUCGGGAAGUAUUCAUCGAAUCCGGCGUACGAACUUCAAGUGCUGGCGCCCUCACAAUUGAAAUUCCGCUUGCAGCUUGCUCGGUCGCACCCAACUGCCUCGCUGAACUUGACUAUCUUCAAUGCAUCCGCUGGGGCAACGUCGAGCAGUCACGCCGCAACCUCCGGCCCAUACGCAGGUACCACAUCGGGAGUGGUGAUCCCGCAGACGACCUUCCCGCCUGGGAAGUACCUCAUCAUUCCAUCCACAUACAACCCCGGGAUACAAGUGGGCUUCGUGUUGAUCGUAUACAGUACAACAUCUGGUGUACAAAUAGUUCCCGCCAGCCGGCGGUAA